CCAAAAUAAUCUAAAAAAUGUCUUUAACUCGCCGUGCCUUUUUAAAGCUUGACCUCUUAAUUGUUGCUUGCAGUUAUAUACAUUAGCUAUAUGAGUGGGACACAUUCCUGCCAGGUUUCGUGUGUGCAUUUGAAUAUUUGGAGAGAGAGAAAGAGUGUUUUCUUCGCCCUUAAGCGAAAGAGAUCCAUCAUCAUGUGUCAGAGCCGCAGUGAAGGACUGAGACACGAGCAGAGCCGCACACACUGGAGGUUAUGAGGAGGUUUUUCAGAGUUGACAGAGAUGAAGAUUACGGUCAGAUUCAAUAUCUCACUGCCAAAUGCAUCCGACUGUCUCAGGAGAAAGCAGUGCUCCAGCAUGAGCUGCUGGUGUCUCGAGAGCGUCAGCAGGCUCUGCAGGUGGAGAUGGAGGCUCUGUCAGUGCGAGUGUGUCAUAAAGAGCAGAUCUGCGUUGAGAUGAGCAUCAAAUACCAGCAACUGAUGGAGAGAUUUCAGCAGGCGCAGGCUGUGACGGAGGACAGGGGGAGAGUCGCUUCACUCCUGAGUCUCCAGAUAGAGCAGGUGAGCUGUGACUUGCAGCAGCUGCAGGGCUCAGAGACGCAGCUGAUGGGCCUGGUGGACGAGCUGCACCAGGAGGCCCAGCUCAGAGCCCAGCAAGCUGAGGUCCUGGAGACGCGGCUCCACGAGGAGACCCAGUCAAAGGCACAGCUAGUGGAAGACCUAGAGAUGCAGCUAAACAGUAAAUCCCUGGAGCUGAUAGAGCUGCACAGCACCAGCCAGAGGACGGUGGAGGAACUGCGGCGGGAGAACUCGGAGAGUCUCGGGAAACUCCGGGAAACGGCGGAACAGUUCGAGUGGUUGUGCGAUCAGCAGCGCCGGUGGAUGAGCUGCGUCAAGAGGUUUAAGGACGGUCUGUCAAGUGAGAAGGAGUCCCUGGAGCUGCAGGUGAACCGGUUACAGGUGGAGUUGGAUGCUGUCAGGAAGACUGGGAACUCCGACUGUCCCGCAGAACCUAGCAGAAGAUGGGAUGUUGAGAGGAUAUCUGACCUCCAGGCUGAGGUGGAGCGAUGGAAAACACUGUAUGAAGACCUGCUUAAACUCACCAUACAGCAGGGCCAGUGGGCAGCAGAUGAACACCUCAAACCCCCAUGAGGAUCCAAACACAGACGACAGCUUCACAUUAUACAUUUUACUCAUGUGACCAGUGUUUUUUAAAGGCUGCGUUUAUCUGAUCUAAAACAGUAAAAACAGUGAAAUAUUACUAGAGGGCACUAGAGGGCGAUGUUCCUCCACACACACACUCAUGCCAAACCUCAAGAACUGGGAUGGAUUUCACAUCUCUCCAAAUACCAACACAGCUAGACAGUGUCAUCAUAACCCUGGCUCUCCUGAAGCAG